AUUAUCCUGACAGGGUUUAAAAAUCAUAUUCACUCUAGCUGAAGGAAUCAUGACAGGACAAGGGAUACUCAAUUUUCUUCUCUUUAGUUGCCUAAAUGUUGUUUCAUACCCUUGUCCAACAGUACCAUACAUAGAUGAAUGUGGAAACUCUGGGAUUCUAUGGAAUUGUAGUGGCCUCAAUACAGACAGACUACCAGAAAACAUACCACAGGAGCUAAUAAACCGCAACGUUACAUUGGAUUUGUCAUUUAAUAAAUUUUCUACUUUAACGGAACAACUCUUUGAAAAUCUGGCUGCGGUAUCAGUUGUGACAUCCAUUAUCCUGAGUCAUAACAAAAUUACAAAAAUCGAAAAUAAGGCCUUUCGUAGACUUUCUGGUUUAUGCAGUCUAGAUCUUUCAAGUUGUGAUCUUGAUAAAAACGGAAUAGAGACCGAAGCUUUCUCUUAUUUACACAACCUGAAGUACCUUCGAAUUGAUCAAAAUAAUUUCCAGUUGGAAGGUUACCCUGAUGUUGCUCUUUCUGCAAUUCAGUCAUUGUCCAGCCUUAAUAUCGAUAUUUUCAGCGGAUUCUCAUUUACAGCACCAUUUGAAAGCUUGACAAACUUAUCUGAAUUACAGUUUCAUAUCAUUAUAUCUUGA